AUGUCGUCCGCAGUAGCGUACGACCCCUACGACGAUAUAGACAACAAUCCGUUUUCGGAGCCCGAGGCAAACCCUCAACGUAGCGUCUCACCCGACCUGCGCGCUCCUGAUGACACGCACCCCUCCAUAGGAGCCCAGGAGGCUACACAAGGCAACACGGAUUCGCAUGCAGGCGCACAACCUGAGCCAGAGCAAGGCAUGACAACAGCGCAGCAUGGGAACCCACCAGGCGACUUUCCAGAGGCCUCUACAACUGCGGCCGCUGCCGAAGGCGCCGAUGCUCUGCUACCCGAGCGUAGAAGCAGCAAGUUCCAGCUGGUCGUCAAAGUUACCGGCCUGGAGCGUGUGGGCUCUUUCACCAACAAAAAGGAGAACCCCACCGUCAAGUUCGAUGUCUCCACCAACCUCCCAACGUUUCGCAAGCAGCAGCAUCGCAGCUUGAAAAAGACCUUUACCGAAUUUCGGAACUUGCGUAAGUUCCUGUAUGGGUUAAUCUCUGGGACUUUCGUGCCUGCGCUACCAUCACCAAGUACCAACUAUGGGAUCAGCAACUCCGAGGACUACUGCAAGACCGUGAGCAACAUGCAGGAGUGGUUCGAUCGCAUUGCGGUCGACCCCUUCAUUCUGCGAAGCGAAGAGCUGGCCUUUUUCAUCGAGAGCGACUUUGACACUUACACGCCCGUUGGCAAGACUAAGCUGCCCCUCUCGGGGCUGAAACGCAAAACCCUAAAGCAGCUGGCGCCUCCCUUCGAUGAGUGCCUCGAACUCGCCGAGUUUCGGCCGCUUGUCAAGUCUGUCCAUCAUCUAAGCCAGGAUAUCCAGACAAAGCUGCUCAAGCUGUGCAAACUGCGCAAAUCACUGUCCCACGAUGAGAAUUCGAUUGGACAAGGCUUCAAGGAGCUCUGCAUGGACCAGUCUCAGUCCCAUAGCAAAUUCUACAACAAGUUCGGCAAGACCCUCUCCGCAGUCGGCGACAUCGAUAGCGUGAUGGCGACCCUCGACAUUGCCACGCUCUACGACGGACUCGAAUGGCUGGUUCAGGAAACCUACUCAGUCAAAGAAGCCCUCACCAACCGCCACUUCCUAAUGCGUGAUCUUCUGCAGGCGCAGCAGACGUCUAGCUCUCGACAAGAGCAGGCUCGCAAGCUGCGCGCUAGGCGCGAUGUGAGCCCGCUCAAAGUAGACGAGGCCAUCCGCGCUCUGAAGGCUGCCACUACCGCCGAGCACACGCUCACCCUUAAGCUACGCCGCGUCACAGCCAAUAUGCUACUGGAGAAACAGAGAUGGCUUGAAUGGUGCGACCACCAGUUGCAGACAAGCAUAAAAGAAUACACUCUCCGAAAGAUUGAAUACGAGCGCAAGAAGCUGUCUCUGCUGGAACGUAUCCGGGCAGACGUACGAGCCGCAGACGAGGCCGGCGGGCUCUCGAGGCUGGGACGCGGUGCGCGCCUGAGCGCGAGCGGUGUGAGCCCAUCCCAGACUGCUCAGGGCGAUAGCUGGACAAGUGACCCAAGGUCACGUGCGUUCGAGCCUUCCGUGUUGCGCACCGAGUUUGACGCAAGCCUCGAGUCAGACACACGCGACGUACACGACACGCAUCCAGAAGACCAGCACGCGCUUGACGCGCGGAGCGCCGCAUCCCUUCUCGGAACAAGCAGCUUCUAA